AGGUGAAUCACGGAGCCCAUGUCCCUCUCCAGGGACUUGGUUGCCGUCAUGGCAGCGCUGGCUCUUGUGGUGCUCGUGGUGUACGAGAAGAAUCAGGACUCGCACAUCCUGCUCCAGCUCAGCUCGGGCUGGUCCUGGGGGGAGCGACCGGCAGCGGGGCAGCUGACCCCUGAGUCAGUGAGCGACUACUCGCUCAAGGCAAAACUCUACCAGCAGGCAGCCAAGGAGGCAGAGAAGGAGGCCCGGCUUGCUCUCGGCCACAAGUACGACGCUGAGGAGCUGAGAAGCGCGUCCGUCGACAUCGACAAGAACAUCGCUAAGCUGAAGAAGCCAGUAGCGCACACGUCCAAGAAGAUCCUCGCCAGCCUUGCCGGGUCCCUCCGACAGUACGCGCAGGCUCUGAGCCCCAGCGAACAGGACGAUGGGCAGCAGGCGAGGGGUGGGCAAGAGCAUGUUGCCUCGCACACUCCUGCUGCAUCUGCGAGGACGUGGGAGAGGCUCGAGGCUGCUAAAGAGCACAAGAGAACGAGUUUGAGGAUGAGAUCGCGGGUAAGACCAACGCGCCGACAUGCGAGCAGGUCGAGGGCGAGGCCCGGCGUCUUCCCCGCGUUUGCUGGGCGCCAGAUCAAGUCGCGUCCUUUCAACCUGCUCGGCAACUUGCAGAUGGACGUGGAGGCGGUGUGAGGGCGUCGGAAGAGUGUCAAGGGUAGCACUCAGCUGUAGAUACCUUCACUCAUGUUGCUGCUGGACGCUGCUGUUUGAUCUUCCAGUUCGCCGGGAGCAGAGGGAGGGUGUCAGGUCAUGGUGUUUGAUGAGCAAAGAGGGUUGAGAGAACGUGAUGAAUCCAGUGCCUCUUUCCACCGCAUUCAAGUUCGAGCGGCACUCACUCAGGCCAUCACGGCCACCACAGAAUUUUUGUCCCCUGUUGUUUUUGUGCUGUGAGACGAGAGCUUGGUACUGUUCAUGAUUCGUGUCCCUGAUGAAGUACUUCGUUCUUGCAACUCUUCAGAAUCUUGUAACGGGUCUUGACUCUUGUUGAAGAAGUGGAGACGUUUUCUACCGCUGGAUUGCAUCCUUGCGAGAGACUGAGAGUAAAUGCGGGUAUCCUUUGCUUUGGAUGUCGGGUCGCGCUUGGUAAGCUGUAAAAUGUUCUGAUCACGAGGAGGUGCAGUAAACUCACGUUUGCG